UCUCUUAUACUGGCGCAGGGGGUGCGGGUUUCGCUUGGUCUCCAACUUUCACUCGUCCAUUUCCGCUGUGCAUACGCUUGCUCACUAUCUUUCUGCAUCUACCUUAUUUCUCUCCUAAGCUUAUGAGCAAUUUAUUCGUGUUUGAGUGGGGGAUAUAUAUGUUUACAUUCACCAGCCACAUGUACACAAUCAUUGAACCCCCGUCAUUGUGUAACUUGAACCUUGCAAUCUGCCGUGCGAAGCUUCUUGUACAUGAACUAUACAGUGGCACAGCAUCUCCUCUAACGUUACACAAUCAAGUAGACGAGUCCCGUCACCCGCGCUUGCAGUAUACAUCAUCCCAGGGGCGUGCCACUGUGGGGGUGGGCCGCAUGUCGCAAUAUGCAGGGCUUCUUUGCUCAUCCAUCCACGCAAGAGUCCCCCCGGCGCUUCCCUCUCCACCAUCAUGGGAGCUACACCAGGCUGAAGAAGCACAUGGGGCAGACGUGCGUGUGGUGGUGUACCGAGGACCUUCUUUCGUUUCUUUGUCGUGA